UGCAAAUUAAAGAAAAAAGAAAAGAAAAACCUAAAACUGAGAGGAAAAAUUAAUUCUUCGAACACAAGCAAACAAAUUGCAGAAAUUGUUUUUUUUUUUUUGCGGCCAAGGAAAAAAAAACAGCCGCAAGUGGUUUUUCGAUAAAACCAACCAAAAAAUAACAAAAAAAUUCAUGAACGGAUUCGAUUCAUCGCCCGUGGAAUCUCGAAGAAUGGAGAAGAUGAAACGCAACGGCGAGAUGAAGCGGCGGCGCAACGGCGGCGUAACGGCGGAGGAGGCGGAGGAGGGAGGUGAUCCGGCGAUGUGGGAGACACUGGAUCAGAACUUCAGGCAAGUCCAGUCAGUUCUGGACAGGAACAGGGCUCUGAUCCAACAAGUCAACGAGAAUCACCAGUCAAGAAUGGCGGACAACAUGGUCAAGAACGUGUCUUUGAUCCAAGAACUCAACGGGAACAUCUCCAAAGUUGUUUCCAUGUACUCUGAUCUCAACACCAAUUUCUCCUCCAUGUGUCACGGCAAAAACGGCGGCGGCGGCGGCGGAGCCAGGGCUUGAUUUUGAUUCGGUUCGGUUCUCUGGAUUGAACCGGCCGGUUCGGGAUUUGGGAGUCCGGUUAAACUAUGAUUUAUCUUUAGAAUAAUCCGUGGGAGGAAAGAAAACCCACUUUUGAGGUUAUUUUAAAUAUGGUUUGAUGAGUCCUUCGAUUAUUAAAUCAAUAAAUAGUACUAAGAAUCUAUAUGCACUUUUACUAAUUAAUUCACUUCCGGGUGUUUAUAAUUUAA